GCUGUGUGGUGAUUUUUUUUAGCAAUGAACUGGGAUUUCAGCAGGGGCUGUAAGUAUUUGAGAGGUAGGUGGGAUUAGGCAUUAUAGGGGUAGGAUAAGGAUUCUUAAGAUUGAAACUCUUUUUGUUACCAGUGUCUGUGAAUGUUUGGAGGCUGUCUGAAUUUUGAAUGGUGUCUACAGGACCAUAAAGUGAAUGGGGUGUCUGUGGAAUUACCUGAAGUUAAAGGGGUAGUCUGUACUGCAAGAGUCAGCAAAAUUUUUCUAUACAGGGCCAGAUAAUGAAUAUUUUAGGCUUUGCAGGUCAUAUGGUCUUUGUUGCAACUGUUACAACUCUGCUGUUAUAGUAUGAAAGCAACCAUAAACAAAUGAGCAUGUUUCAAUAAACUUUAUUUACAAAGGCAGGCAACAAGCUGGAUUUGGCCUGUGGGUCUUCUCUGGUCUGUAGGCAUGUGGAAAGUCUGAAGUUUGGAAGGUUAUUUUGGUUUCAAUGUGUCUGGAGGGAGAUGGGCCAGGGAAAGAAUGAGACUGAGGCAUAUGCUACUUAUUGGUGGUAUGUGGAGUCCCCCACCACCAUUCAGGUCCUGAGAUGCAGUGAAGCCCUGCCUGUCUGCCGUUAUCCCCCAGAAUGGACCGCGGUGGCCUCCUGCCCUUCCAGCUGUGGUGCCCCCGGCCCUUUGGCACCUACUCACAGAACCAGCCGCGCCCACCUUCCACAGCCCUCAAAUCAUCAGCCUGUCCUGAGCCUGGCAGCGGGGCUGAGCCAGACCAUGGUCCUGCGCACUCAGAGAACACACCACCGGCCUUGGCCACUGAGGCCCCCACCACCCAGCCUGCUCCGCUCCUCUCCACAGCAGCUGCUGGUGAUGAGGGUCGAGUCCUACUGGACACAUGGUAUGUUAUCAAGCCCGGGAAUACAAAGGAGAAGGUGGCCUUCUUUGUAGCCCAUCAGUGUGGUGGGGGCAGCCGGGCCAGCUCCAUGAAGGUCAAGGGGCACUGGGGCAGUGACAGCUCCAAGGCCAAGCGGAGGAGACGCUGUCUUGAGUCCACCAAGGCUCCUCCGGACCCAGGGGGCCGGGAGGGGCCCCCUGCUGCUGAUGAGGGCCCUGCCUCAGCUGGUGAGGACGUGGACCUGCUCUCUGUGGCAGAGAUGGUGGCUCUGGUAGAACAGCGGGCUGCUCUGGCCCUGCAGAGCUACCCACGUCCCGCUACCCCAGCACCUGUGGUCUUUGUGUCAGCUGAGCAGGGCACACCAGCCAAGGGGCUGGGGUCUGAACGGCGCUCUGGUGGUGGGGACUGCAGUCGUGUAGCCGAGGCAGUGGCCCACUUUGAGGCCCAGCGGGACAACCCUCCAACCAAAGGCCUUCGCAAAGAGGAACGGCCUGGGCCAGGCCCUGGAGAGGUGCGCAUCGCUUUCCGCAUCUCCAAUGGCCGGGAGCCACGUGUGCCAGAUGGCAGUUUGCCCAGUGGGGGCGGGGGUCGGCCUGGUUGUGUCUACCCUGGCAGCCCAGGGCCAGGGGCCCGUGCCAAGGACAAGAUCACCUGCGACUUAUACCAGCUCAUCAGCCCCUCACGGGAUGCCCUCCCCAGCAAUGUGGAGUUUCUGCUGGCUAGGGCCGAUGAAGCCAGCGAAGGUGAGACCCCAGCCCCCUCCAGGCCUGAGGACACUCCCCCAGCUCCCCCUCCACCCCCUGCCCGGGACUGUGGAGCAUCAGGCUUCCAUGUGGAUGUGGUAGUGACGGGCGUAGUGGAUGAAUGUAUCUUCUUCGGCAAGGAUGGCACGAAGAACGUGAAGGAAGAGACAGUGUGCCUGACAGUCAGCCCUGAGGAGCCACCCCCACCUGGCCAGCUCUUCUUCCUCCAGUCCCGUGGGCCAGAUGGGCCUCCUGAGCCACCUCCAACUGACUCACCAGCCACAGUGCCAGGCCCAGACGAUGCUGAGGGGACAGCGGACACCUCGCUGUGCCGCCUGUACCGGCAUGUGUCGCACGACUUCCUGGAAAUCCGCUUCAAGAUCCAGCGGCUCCUGGAGCCACGACAGUACAUGCUGCUGUUGCCUGAGCAUGUGCUGGUCAAGAUAUUCAGCUUCCUGCCCACGCGGGCCCUGGCAGCCCUCAAGUGCACCUGCCACCACUUCAAGGGCAUCAUUGAGGCAUUUGGCGUGCGGGCCACAGACUCACGAUGGAGCCGCGACCCACUCUACCGUGAUGACCCUUGCAAGCAGUGCCGCAAGAGAUACGAGAAGGGCGAUGUGUCACUCUGCCGCUGGCACCCCAAGCCCUACCACCACGACCUGCCUUAUGGACGUUCGUACUGGAUGUGCUGCCGCCGAGCCGAUCGCGAGACGCCCGGCUGCCGCCUGGGCCUGCACGAUAACAACUGGGUGCUGCCCUGCAAUGGGCCAGGUGGGGGCCGGGCUGGCCGGGAGGAGGGAAGGUGAAGCCGGGGGAGGGGGGGGCGAGCCCACCAUAUCCGCCCCUCCCCCUCCCCUGGGAGCUGAGGUCCAGGACUGGGCCACCAGCCCAUAGCCCCAGUCCAGGCAGCAUUGAUCCCCCGCCAGGACUGAGGCAGCAUUCAGGGGGAUGACCCAAAAAAGCACUCUGAUUUACCCCUGUUGGUUUUCUACUCUUCAGACCCAGGGCCAAGGACCCUCAAGUAGGGUGUUUUUUAUCAGCAUCUCAAUUUCUUCUCCAUUCAGUCCCAACAUCCUCCCUGCCACUCUCUACACCCCAGUAACCCACUAGCAGGGAGCAGACGGCAGCUAAUUUUGGUACCACUUAAGGGGUCCCUCAUUAUUCUGGCCCCCUUCCUCUCCCUUUUCUAAUUCUUGCUCUCUGGAGCUGUUUUCUUCCAAGAGGCUGUGGCACCCAAAGUUGAUACUUCUCCUAUCCUACCACACCAGGGCUCACCUCCUCUUUAGGAACUGGGGGCCAUCAGAUCAUGAAUUUGGCACUUUUUUCAUGGCAGCCUGCCAUUUCUAGAUGUUUUCCCCCAUUAAAGAAAUAAAAAUCACUGCUUUUUCCUUAAGCUCAAGGUACAGGUCUUUCCCCUUCCCCUAUAGGUGAAGAGAAGAAAAAGAAGUUGAAGCAUAAAAACCUCCUCCUCCCAUUAUUUAAGCUAUUGCCAUUAUCCCUCCUCCCUCCAAUAAAGCUGUGAAGCCCUUGCCUCGCUCUUGACAGCGUGAGGGGCCAGUGGGCAGGGACUGUGGGUUUGAAUUUCUGGGUUUUUCCUUCCACUCUGGGUACUUGUUCAGGUGUUGGGGUCUCUUCACCCCCAGCCACGUGUGUUUCUUUAGAAUCCUUUGGUCAACUGAGACCUUGAUUUUUCAGGCAGUUUGGUCUGGGGUAUUUUUGUUUGUUCUGUUUGGCUUUUUUUUUUGUUUGUUUAUUCAUCAUUGUGGUGGUUCUGGAAGCUUCUAGCGUGUGGCAUCUGACCAACUAUGAAUUGGUCGUUUCCAUAAAAUCAAUAUUUAUAAGGCUGG